CAGCGUCUCAACAAAAAGGUGAGUUACUAUGGAAACUGGCUCAUGUCAAAAUGGCUUCUUCACGUUUGAAGGAUUUCGCAUGCACCCCAACUCUUCUAAAUUCUACUUUUUUUUCUUUUUUUAAACAGCGCCACCUGUUUGUGAGGCAUACCCUGCACAGACUAGACGAGUUUCCCCAAUCUACAAAUCCGGUUAGGCGCAUGCAGGAAAUGACGUAACAGCAGGAACUUAAUUGAAAUUAUGCAAGUUUUUAGAAAGAACGACGAAUGUGCAUCAAAUAAACAGAGAAAGACGUUCCCAUGGAAAAUGAAUUAACUUUCACACAUCGCGACAAAGGUAUGUAGAUAAAGUCGAUUAGCAAGUGUGACUGGCCCUUACAAGGGUGAGUGCUGACCCCUGCUGGUUGGAGGUGUGAACUUCCGCUGACAAAAGUAGUCACUCAAAUGGCGCCACAAUACAGUCAGCCCGCAAACAGACAUAAUAGAAAAACACGGCAGCAGGCACGAUACGAACGUUUCUUCUCAUCAAAACCACCUCAAAGGUCCCCGAAGACGACAGAAAACCAACGCUAGCGGUUGUUCAAGACGUGUCCACAAACUGGACCCGAACAGCUCCGAGCCUGACCUCCACGACUCAGCGGGAUGCGUCUAAUCACUGGAUGGUCAAAAUGGCGGCACAGUAAGACCAAAUAGACUUCGUAAGGACAGUGAAGUGUGUUUUCAAGAGUGAUGUCGAUUACAAAAAGUCCGGUGAGGAGAAGAAGACGAGGAAGGCAACGCAGCUGGACGAGGCGGUGACAGGAAGGUGGGCAGGCCGACGCUCACAGGCCCUGUUGGGCCAGCGAGGCGCUCACCUGGUCGGCCAGCGUGGACAGUUGAGGGGGGUCGGCCAUGUUGAGGCUGCCGGAGGACGACACGGUGCUGAGCUGUUGGGGGGAGUCCUCCAAUGACACGAUCUCCGCGCCAUGGUCGGUGCGAGCCUUGGCGCUCUCACGGAAGUGACUGCUGAGCGUAUGAAGUUGAUGACAUGCAGGUCACCUCAAGAAAAACACCCAAGUACACAUGUGACGCAUGUGUGUCACCUUUGGACCAGAGCAAAGCUGCAGGUGCACGUCGGAGUCGGAGGAGGGUCUGCCGCUUCCCGCCAAGCAGCUUGCUCGUGCACUGCAGCAGCGUUUGUUUGGAGUGUGCACGUGAGACACACACUGAGAGAACACACUGCGCACGCUCGGUCCCACCGGGAGGGAGGGGCCGAGGUCCGCAUCACAGCAUCGCAGUCUGCUUCCACCUGACGUGACACAGACCACCACGAGCACGCGCACGUGCACCAGGAGGACCAACUGCAGUGGUCCGGUGCGCGUGGUGGCGCACACGUGAAGCCAGUGACAUCUCCUGGAGACACCUGAGAAGGUUGAGUUGAAAGGAAGACAAAGGUCAAUAUCAAAGGACAAAGGGACGGGGUCAUGUCCCAGUCAGGGAAAGUCCUCCAUUUGUACGUGGAAGUGAGGUCAGCUUCUGACCCGAAUGGAGGUAAGAAGACGUUUGGGGAAGAUGAACAGGGUGCUCCUCUGGACCACUCAGGACUUGGAGAUAGCCCUGAUGAGCUCCGGUCCCAGCUCAGCAGGCAGAACACUUGUCAGACCUCCGCCAAGCCCACCGCUGCUCCUCACCUGCUCCAGCAGUCUGAAAGUGCUCAGCUCCAGCCAGCCAGCAGCUCUCCAGCUGUCACAAAAUGCGGGAGUCAACCUUGUGACAUGACUAUGUCCUCAAAGGCCCCGCCCACAUCCUCCAACUGCUGCAGGAAGGAGGUCAAUGAUGGGAAACGGUCUGUGGUCACCUUCCGUUAUGUGCACAAGUCCAACGUUAAGACUUUAGGUAGUCCUGGGUGUGAUUCACAAAGCAGACAAGAGAGUCCAGGAUCUUCUUGCAGCUCUAGUCCCAAGCUGACAUUCCCACCUUCAGGUUCUCCAGGGAGUCACCUGCAAACGUUGUGCGACUUUCACCUGGCAGCAACGGACCGUGUUGGCCAGGCUGCGACUCAAAGAGCUUUGGAGGAAUUUGGGUCACCGCUACUGAGUAUCAAACUGGCACAUGCGCUCCAGCACUCAUCGCCAUCACGGAACUAUCACCCCUCCCGCUGUCAGUCCUGGGCCGGCUCCCCUGUCCAGCACCAUGUCUACCCCAAAGACAGCAGCGGGAUCUGGGGGUGGCCGUCCUCACGGCCCCAGAACCCCCCUCAAAAACUUGCAGACAAGGCAACGAUCCCACUUGCUGAUAAUGUCAUCAAAGGCUUAAAUCAGUUAAGUGACGUCACUAGAUGUUCUCCCUGCAGGCUCCAUCCCAAACAAUCCCAAGCCUGGUCUCCAGGCGGUUCAGGUGCACAUCAAAGCCUGAAGAUGAACAUCCCCGUUCUAGGGGGAGCCCUCCAACAGAACAAGCUGAACGAGAGCUCAGCACCACCGUCUCCAUCCUUUUCCCUUCCUGGAAGCGUCCACCGCCCCUCUCGCCCCCCACCUGAGUUUAAUUCCCCCAUCAGGGACCCCGGACUGUCCCUGGCCAAGCUCCGAGCAGCAGAGAGCCCAACCCUGCAUCGCUGUCAGCCGCCGCAAUACGCCGGCGGGGACAGAAGGGGCACAGGCUGUCGAGAAAGGGGGACACACACGGAGUCGUUCCCCAAAGGUGUCCUCAGCCAGAGGGUUGAGGGGGCACCUGUUGGCCAGACUCUCAAAGAGGGGUGGGGGAGCCCCCCAGGCCCAGGCCCAGGCCUAGACAAUGCAAGUGAACAGACUUGUCAUGGUCCACCCCUGAGCCCAACAUCGCUGCACAAGCGGGCUGAGCAGAGAAGGCGGGAACGCCUCCUUCUGGGACCAGUGGUCCCAGACUCGCCUGACGAGGACGAGGAAUUCCACAAGGAAGAGGAGCAGCGGCCACGACCGCAGGGACCAGACCACCUUUCAGAGGCGAUGGGAGGAUCGUCACGAAGCUCUAGUGGGGUGACAGGCAGUUUGGUGGACCAGGACUACACAUCACCCGAGUCGCUUCGAUCCAGCCACCAAGGCAAUGAAACCACGGCCACCAGCUCGGGAAUACAGACAGACAGCAUGGCGGCCGUCCCGUCGCUGCACUGUCAGAAGAUCGCACGCGCCAAGUGGGAGUUCCUCUUCGGACCUGAAGGGGGUGCCGGCAGCAGACCCAGAAACUUUCUGGAAGCUUCCACAGCGCCGCCCAGUGGCAACUCCAGUGAGUCACCCACUCCCACCCCCACAUCCUCCCUGCCUCCGCUCACUGCGAAUCAGGAAGUGCAACAUGUAGAGGUGGAAUUGGUGACCAAGCCCCCUACAGUGACUGGGACAUCCUCCAAAACCGGCAUCAUCCGUCGGACUCUGAAGUACUCCGAGACAGACCUGGACGCCAUCCCGCUGCGCUGCUACCGCGAGACCGACAUCGACGAGGUGCUGCUGGCCGAGCAGGAUGAUGCCGACUCUGCGUUUGGGAGCAACCGCAGUGUGCAGAGGGCAGGAAGGAGUCCUCUUGGGGGUAUGGCCUACACAAGACAGCAUGAGGACGAGGGGCAUGAUGAUGAAGGAGUCCUUGGAGGAGAGGAGGAGGAGGAGGAGGAAGUGGUGAGCUGGGCCAGUGUGAGGAUGCAAGGAGACAACAGGAAACAAUGGUACGCUGCUCAGGAAGAACCAGACCGCUUCCGACACCUGAAGAGACCGACAGAGACUUUCUUUGACAAACAUCAUCCGGCGCUCAAAUCCCCCAUCUUGGUUCCGGGUCCUCGCUGUGGCACUGACGACACCUUCAGCCGCCAUUUUGAGAGCAUCAUGGAGUCCCAUCGUGCUAAGGGGACGUCCUACAACAGCCUGGAAAGCGAGGAUCUGCUCACCUCCAACGUCCAAACUGUGCUGACGGCAGACGUGCCUUCGUUCACACCCGCCGUGCACAUGCCCCUCUCUGCCAGCACACGCCACAUUGUUCAACUCAGCUUUGCACCUCUGGCCCCCCAAGAGAGACCCACCCUCUCCGACUCCAUCGUCACGGCGAUGGCUGACUCGGACGCCACCCGAGCGCCCUCCAGUGAACGGCUGAGCAGCGCCUCUGAGGACACACCCCCAGGGAGGCGGGACUACUCCCAGCUGGGGAGCAGCUGGUGCAGCCUGGUGCCCUCCCCCUCGUUGUCAAGCAGGGACCACCGAGUGGCGCCGUGGGACCACCACCUCAGCACCGACACCCUCACCAACGCCAGCCACCUUGCCAACAUGGCCGCCGCCAAACGCUUGGCCAAGAGACUCUUCGACUUGGACGGCUUCCGCAAGUGUGACGUGUCGCAACAGCUCAGCAAGAACAACGACUUCAGCCGCUUGGUGGCCGAAGAGUACCUCAGUCUGUUUGACUUUUCACACCUGCACCUGGACCGAGCUCUCAGAAGCUUCCUGAAGCAGGUGGUCAUCAUGGGGGAGAGUCAGGAGAGAGAGAGGAUGCUCUCACAUUUUUCCAGACGUUAUUUGCUCUGCAACCCAACAAUGUUCCCCACAGAUGAUGCCGUGCACACGCUCACGUGCGCUCUCAUGCUGCUCAACACUGAUCUGCAUGGACCAAACGUGGGCAGGAAGAUGUCCUGGCCACAGUUUGUCGACAACCUGCAAGGACUCAACGACGGCGGCGAUUUUCCCAAAGAUCUGCUCAAAGCGCUCUACAACUCCAUCAAGACCCAGAAGCUGCAGUGGACACUCGACGAGGAGGAACUGCGGAAGUCCUUCUCAGAGCUCGGGGACAGCUUGGGCGAUUCCUCCAGGUCCGUGAAGGGAGCGGGCGGCAGUCAGGCAGCGUCGGAGGACACGCCACCCGGAACACUGAUGUACAAGAACGGCUUCCUGGUCCGCAAAGUGCACGCAGACUCGGACGGCAAGAGAACGCCGAGGGGGAAGCGAGGCUGGAAGACCUUCUACGCCAUCUUGAAGGGACUCAUUCUCUACCUGCAGAAAGGCGAGUACCGACCCGACAAGCCGCUGUCGGACGACGACCUGAAGAAUGCCGUGUCCAUCCAUCACUCACUCGCCAUCAAAGCCUGCGACUACAGCAAACGUGCCAACGUCUUCUACCUGCGCACCGCCGACUGGAGGCUCUUCCUCUUCCAGGCGCCGAACGCCGAGCAGAUGCAGUCCUGGAUCACUCGGAUUAACACGGUGGCCGCCAUGUUCUCCGCUCCACCCUUUCCGCCGGCCAUCGGUUCCCAAAAGAAGUUCAGCCGGCCGCUGUUACCGGGGACGACGUCCAAACUCUCUGAGGAGGACCAGAUCCGAUCCCACGAGGCUCGGUUCCGAGCGGUCGCCUCAGAACUAGCCGAGCUGCGCUCCUACCCCCCAGACCGCAAGGUUAAAGGUCGCGAGCUGGACGAGUACCGCCAGAGAGACGAGUAUCUGGAGUUUGAGAAAACGCGCUACGAGACAUACGUCACAUUGCUGCGGGCGAAGAUCCAGAGCGGCGAGGAGGACUUGUCUAUGCUGGACUCGCAACUGCUGGAGGACGGCGGUCUUCAGCGAGCUCAGUCCAGCCCCACCCUGCAGGACAGCAGCCAGGCCAGCAGCACCCGUGACGGCGGCAGCAGAGCGGGAGGCGGAGGCGGAGGUGGCAAGCCUCGCCAGGACGGCCAGAGACACAGCUACCGACAGGCUGUCAAGAAGUGAGGCAGGAACGCUGCUUAGGUUUUUAUUUGACACCCAGGAAGCUUUGGAGGAGCGAGGGUCCACCCGACGCCCCCUUGCCAACGCCGUGCCCAGCACCCGGGUCAUGUGAUUGGCUAGGCGAGGGACUACGGCGCCCAAUGCGGCGUAUGGCGAGAACAGGAAGGUGCUGAUGAGGCCGCAUAAACGUUUUAUUUUCCGCCAUGUUUGUCUCCGACUGUCAUGUUUCAGCCGCCAUCUUAUCACACUUCCUGUGUGGCCUCUCUUCUUCUCUUCUUCUGUGCACGUCAGCUACGCCCACCGGACUGAUGCGGAAUGUUUUCCCUCUGCUGCUGACUUCCUGCCUGACGCUGAUUUGGUUGCCAUGCUGUCAUAUUGAUGUCAGCUGUCAAUCUUCAUCUUUGAUUUAAUCACAAUUUCAAAUCUUUUUUUUAGAUGCAGACCAAACUUUAUAAGCACUGGUGAAUUGUAACAAACACGACCUUAGACGACCUAGAAGGUUCUGUCAUUGACUUGUGUGUGCUGGUGAGAAACAGCCUGGUCACCAUGGUUACCACACAACAGAUGGAGGCAGGCAGCCUGCCCACUGUGCGUGAGGGUGUGUGUGAGGGAGAGAGCAGCUCAUACUGUAACGUCACUGCAGGGUCGCCAUGGCGACGGUUGGGCGGUUGAUCUUGAUUAGUUUAAAGUUUUCUCCACUUGUGAAUGUAAAUAAAGCAUGUUGAUUUGACCCGCGACUUGAAAGUUGAAUAAUAUUUUUUAUUUGUUUGCUUGUUUGUUAGCAUUUCAUCAAGCAAAGAAGAAUGUUGAAUAAAAUGCUUGAAGAGUUG